AUGGAUAGUGAAAGAAUGAGUGCGCCUGGCGCUCCCAACGGUGCGCCGGCACCGAACGAUCAGAUCCCUACACAUCCCAGCUUCAGGAGGCAGCGAGCAUCCCGAGCCUGUGAAACAUGCCAUGCGCGGAAAGUCAGGUGUGACGCAGCUUCAUUGGGAGUUCCUUGCACGAACUGCGUUGCCUUCUCCAUCGAGUGCAAGAUCCCAGCGCCCAAACGAAAAAAGACUAUUGGCAAAUCGAGAGAUUCAGACAGUGAUCCUGCAGAGUCUGUUCAGGCGCAAUCCCCAAAGCCAGAUAAUCUUGCUGGCUACGAUUUUGACAAACCACGCGACUCCGACUACAGUGCACACGAUGGCAUGCCAGUCACCUCCCUGUCCGACGCUCAAGUCGUUCAACAGGGGGCCCAGAACCUACACUUCGCACAUUUCAUGAAGCCUAAGUUUGCAAGAGCUCCAAUCAAAGAAGCUGGAAGGGUCGCAUAUCUGGGAGAGUCCUCGAAUUUGUCUCUGCUUGUACAUGACAGGCACGGGACAACAGAUGUUGUGCAUUACCCUUUGCCAGAUACGGUCAAAGGAUCGCGAUCUCAGUUGACAGACAUGGACGAACUUGAAGUAAACAUAUUGCAUCAGCGAGGAGCAUUUUUGCUCCCUCCUCGCGUUCUCUGUGAUGAGCUUGUUGAAUCAUUUUUCAAAUGGGUCGCCCCAGUUGUGCCUGUCAUCAAUCGGAGUCGAUUCAUGACCCGCUAUCGAGACACCAAGAACCCGCCUUCCCUUCUCUUGUUACAGGCUAUGUUGCUUGCUGGUUCAAGAGUGUGUACCAAUCCUCAAUUAACGGAUGCAAAUGGGUCGACCACCCCCGCCGCAAUGACGUUCUACAAGCGUGCAAAAGCAUUAUACGACGCCAAUUAUGAGGACGAUCGAAUCACAAUAGUACAAGCCUUGGUGUUGAUGGGAUGGUACUGGGAAGGUCCUGAAGAUGUGACCAAAAACGUUUUCUACUGGACCAGAGUAGCCACUGUUGUUGCCCAAGGGUCAGGCAUGCAUCGAAGCGUUGAGGGGUCUCAGCUCAGCAGACCCGACAAAAGACUGUGGAAACGCAUAUGGUGGACGUUAUUCACGCGCGACAGAUCAGUAGCCGUGGCCCUCGGUCGUCCAGUCCAUAUCAAUACGGAUGAUUCUGACGUUGAGAUGGUUUCUGAAGACGACUUCAUCGAGGAUGAGGUAGACCAGCCGGCAAAGUAUCCACCGAAUCCAGUUCAUGUCCAAUUUUUCCUCCAAUAUGUCCGUUUGACCGAAAUCAUGGGCUUGGUAUUAUCUCAACAGUACUCGGUAGCGUCCAAAGCUCGGCGGCAGAACGCCAUUGAUCUUACUCACAGCGACAUGGCUCUUGCAGAUUGGCUCCAGAAUUGCCCAAAAGAAGUGUACUGGGAGAAACCAAGGCACAACUUUUGGUCGGCACUACUCCACGCAAAUUACUAUACGACGCUUUGCCUCUUACACAGGGCGCAUAUGCCCCCUGCGACAUCAGAAAGCAACGGACAGAUGAAUGGCUAUCCUACUGACGCUGCUUAUCCCUCAAGAAACAUUGCUUUUCAGGCUGCAGGAAUGAUCACCUCUAUCAUCGAACAUUUACAAGAGUCAGAUGAACUAAGAUUUACUCCGGCUUUCGUUGUGUACAGCUUGUUCUCGGCCCUCAUUAUGCACGUCUAUCAGAUGCGCUCGUCGGUGCCCUCCGUCGUAGCAGCCACGCAAGAACGGCUGCAAAUAUGCAUGAAUGCUCUCAAGGAAGUAUCGAAAGUUUGGCUGGUAGCUAAAAUGGUCCACACCUUAUUUGAAUCCAUACUUGGCAACAAAGUGCUCGAAGACAGGCUGCAAAAGGCAGCAGGCAAGAGACACAAGAAGCCAAGGAUUGAGAAUCGCCCACCCUCCGAGAAGGAAGACCAACAGCAAAAGCGUAAGUACGACGACAUGGAGUUGGGAUUCGCCAAUGGACCCCCAGCUCCUCAAGUAUCCUACGAGCGAUCUCGACCUCAGACUCCAGCGGUGACACCAUCGAGGGACUUGGGACAGCCAAGUUCCGCACCAAUGGGUUCCCUCAAUGUUCGUCAAUCAAACGAUGCAUUCAUGGGGAGUUCUCGCAGUAAUACACGUCCGCCAACCCCCUUCAACCCUUCCUAUUCCAUUCCCGCAACACCCCCGGAUCUUUAUCUAGUGACUCGCGAGUCGCCUCAUAUCUCUCAAAAUCUUUGGGAGAACUUCCAGCCGGACCAGCUCUUCCCCGAAAGCACCAACAUUGCAAUGCCACCAUUCCCGAGUCAGCAGAAUCUCGAUCCUCAGCUUCAAAUGUCACAGAUGCAGUCGUCUGGCAUGCUGCAACCAUCCAUGCAAAGCCAGCAACAAACUUCUUCACGAAACAUGCAAGACGUAGCAGGUAUGCCCCAAAUGCCAGGGAUACAACAGCAAGCUCCUGCCUGGCAAGGACAAUUCCCAGGCGACAGCCCAGAGGACAGCUGGAGCAACAGUAGCCGGGGCCAAGGCCCAGUUGUUCCAACGGCUUUGAAUGUGGAAGACUGGUUUCAGUUCUUUGGCAUGAAUGGGGGUGACCUGAGCGGAUUGAAUGGCAUGUAA